UAAUAAUAUACAGACACAGAAUAAUUCUUAAAAGAGACGAUCACGGAGAGAGAAAACUGAAAGAAACAGAGAGAACGCAUCUGUCUAUCAGUGUUUCUUCUUCUUCUUUAUUGAUUUGAACCUCCUCAAAAUCAAUCCUUCCCUUCCUUUCUUUUCUUCACUUGCUUCCUCCCGAUACAAAGAAAAUGGGGAGCUAUAGGAUGUGUAUGUGCUUCAUUCGCAAGUUCAAAAUCAUGGACUCUGAGCCACCGCCGGACGUCAGGGAUGCCUUCAAGAAUUACACUGAAGGUUCCCUCCACAUGACUCCCGACCACCUCCGCCGUUUCUUGCUCGAUGUCCAGCAUGCCGACGCUGCCACCUCCGACGCUGACAAGAUCGUCGACCAGAUUUUUAACAACAGACAUCACAUUGCUAAGUUUACUAGACGUACUCUCACUCUCGAUGAUUUCCACCAUUAUUUGUUCUCUCCAGAUCUCAAUCCUCCUAUUCUACCAACUGAGAUUCACCAGGACAUGACAAAACCAUUGUCUCAUUAUUUCAUAUUUACGGGCCAUAACUCCUACCUAACUGGAAACCAGCUCAGCAGCGAUUGCAGUGAUGUUCCCAUUAUAAAUGCUCUGAAGAGAGGUGUCAGAGUUAUUGAGCUUGAUUUAUGGCCUAAUUCCUCCAAAGAUGAUAUUGAUGUUCUCCAUGGAAGGACUCUCACCGCUCCUGUGGGACUCCUUAAGUGCUUGAAAUCAAUCAAAGAACAUGCCUUUUCAUUCUCCCCAUAUCCUGUUAUAAUAACCCUUGAAGACCACCUUACCCCAGAUCUUCAAGCUAAAGUAGCUCAGAUGAUCACUGAAAUAUUUGGGAAUAUGCUGUAUUCUCCCGAGUGUGACUGUUUACAAGAGUUGCCUUCUCCAGAAGAUUUGAAGCAUCGCAUAAUUAUUUCAACAAAACCUCCCGAGAAGUUUCAUAAGUCUAAAAGUGUCAAGAUCAAGGGAAAUAAUUCUCAAAAGGAUAAGGAUUCUGAUGAUGAUGCAUGGGGGAAGGAAUCUGAUCAAGAAGAUGGUGAAUCGAGUGAUAGUGAUUCAAGUGAAGCUAGUGAUGACGAGCUAAACCAUUUAGGAGUAGAUCCAUACAAGCGUCUAAUUGCUAUUCAUGCUGGAAAGCCUAAGGGUGGCUUAAAGGAGGCGCUAAAAGUUGACCCCAAUAAAGUUAGACGCCUUAGUUUGAGUGAGAAGGCACUAGUUAAGGCUACUGAAAAUCACGGAAUGGAUGUAAUUAGAUUCACCCAGAAGAAUAUCUUAAGGGUAUAUCCUAAAGGUACUCGGUUUACCUCUUCCAAUUACAAGCCACUUAUUGCUUGGAUGCAUGGAGCUCAAAUGGUUGCAUUCAAUAUGCAGGGAUAUGGUAGAGCUCUCUGGCUGAUGCAUGGGAUGUUUAGGGCCAACGGAAGUUGUGGUUAUGUGAAGAAGCCUGAUAUACUGAUGAAUGUGGGUCCACAUGGUGAAGUGUUCAAUCCUAAAGCCAAACUGCCAAUAAAGAAAACUUUAAAGGUGAAAGUGUAUAUGGGAGAUGGAUGGCAUUUGGAUUUUAAACCAACGCACUUUGAUUUGUAUUCUCCACCAGAUUUCUACACCAGGGUUGGCAUAGCAGGAGUGCCAGCUGAUGUGAAAAUGGAGAAAACCAAAAUAAAAGAGGAUAACUGGACACCUGUUUGGAAUGAAGAGUUCACAUUUCCAUUGACUGUUCCUGAAUUAGCUUUACUUCGAAUUGAAGUUCAUGAGUACGAUAUGUCUGAAAAGGAUGAUUUUGCUGGCCAAAUUUGCUUUCCUGUUUCUGAACUGAGACCAGGAAUUCGGGCCGUCCCUCUUUUUGAUCGAAAGGGAAAGAAGUUGAAUUCCUCGAGGCUUCUGAUGCGGUUUGAGUUUGUUUAAGUCUAGCCCAGAUGUUUUAUAGUCCAUGAAGGCCGGUGGGCUAGAGGCCAGAGGCUACAAUAUAGGAGUAGUCAUCUCUUUACACUCUGUAUAAAGGUAAAAACUCAUCUAUUAUAAAGAGAAAGACUCAAGACUCGAAUAAGAGAUAUGUCACUUUGAAGAGUAGAGGCUAUUGUCACUUGAGCUAGAAGUAGAAGUGUUUUUCUUUAAUUAAUUGAUAUGAAAGAGAAUUUAGGUUCCAUAUUUGAAGCGGUUUCUUACUUGUUCAUACUUACCAAGUAACCAAAGGUGCUUUGCUUUGCAUGUAGAAUGAAUUUCUUCUUCAUUGUAGCAUAUUUU